AUGACAACCAAGGACAAACAACACAAGCUCUGUCAAACUGUAGCAUUUAAUAGGGAGUUGGAAUCCAUUCCUGGGCUUGAGGUCCAAGGAAUGUAUGACGAGACCGUGGAGGUUAACGCCAAAGAGAUUGAAAGCCCUCCGACUUCCGAUGAGGAGAGUAUAAAAGCUAUGUCGAAGUUCAAACCUCCCGUGCGUCACACUGCUAGACAUGACUUCGAUUCAGACAGCGAGAGCGAUUCCAGUCCUGAUAAAUUUGAUAAUCUUACAGAAGAGGAUCAGUCUCCAGAAAGAAAGUCUGAUAUUGAAGAUGUGAAGAAAAAAGUAAAAAGCAGCAGCGAUGUAUCAAGACAGUCCAGCAAUCAACAUAACUCCUCCAACUCCGAAUCAGAUAGCGGCGAUGUGGGUUUGGAACAAGUGGAAGCCAGCAGUGGGAAGAAACGUGGCGUGGUUAUCCCGGCAGAGGGCUCCUAUGAUCCUAAGGCCUACGCGGACCUGAAGGUGCCGCCCGAACUUGAUAAUGUGUUUCAAUAUAUUAUGAAGUAUACUCCUCAGAAGAUCGACAUAGAUUUCAAGCUCCAUCCAUUCAUCCCGGAGUACGUGCCCGCUGUUGGAGACGCGGACGCAUUCCUCAAGGUGACCACACCAGCUUCUGGGCUGAGAGGAAAAGCAUUAGCUGACAAUGCAUUAGACUUUAUUGAUAAUUUGGGUCUGACUGUGUUGGAUGAACCCUCCGCGGACCAAAGUGACGCUGCGUUACUUCAUCUCCAACUGAGAGCGAUCUCCAAGACGACAAGCGCCAAGUCAACUGUGAUGACACGUAAACUCGAGAACGCUGAGAACAAUCCUCAAGCGCUGGAUCGCUGGAUCCGUGAUGUGAGUGCGCUUCACGCGACGCGCUCCCGGGCUACGGUCGCGUACACACGGAAAAUGCCAGAUAUAGACGACCUAAUGGCAGAAUGGCCGGAUACCAUAGAGGAUACGUUAAACGAGGUCGGCGUCCCUCCCGCUAAUAUAGACUGCUCGCUGUCACAAUACGUGGAUAUAAUCUGUGCGCUGUUUGACAUUCCCGUACACGGUGACACUGUCAAUGACAGGAUACAAGCGCUUCAUCUGCUUUUUAGUUUGUAUUCAGCGGUCAAAAACUCUCAGUUGUUUGCUGAAAGAGAGAAGGAAAAGAGUAUGACUGGUUAA